CUGAAACAUUUAAAAAAGAACUGAGCCUGCCUUGAAACAAUUUACCGAAAACAUAUCGACCAAAACAAAAACACACGAGGCGUUUGACAAAAUUUGAACUCAAAAAUUCUAAAUUUACUGUCGCUCAAUGUUACCGCUUGAUUUAUAUAGGUUGUCGAUUUGGUUCUCAGUCCAUUGCUUCCCUCCCUUACAGCCACAGAUCUCCAUAUAUAUGCCCUUUUCGUCUCUCUUCUCUUCCAUAAACUCUCAACCCAACACUCCAACUAUUCAGUAAUACUAAAAAUCUACACGGAGAGAGAGGAACUUGUGGGCAGAUUCAGUCAAAUACCUUUGCGAAGAAAAGCUAUGAGAGGUGUUCUCUUUUCUUCAUCAAGGCCUUCAUCGCCCUCACACUCUUUCGCUCCUUCUUCCCCUCUCACUCCUCUACACACCUUAUCUGCGUCGAUGAUGGAGGAAAACAUUGAGAACGCUGAAUCCGUCAUCAUGAAAUGGGACCUCGAAACUUCCUCCUACUCCAAAGUUGCCCCUCUCUUCAGCGACAACGGUAGAGACGCCAAGGAGUUUCUAAAGGCGGUGAAGGACCUUCGAAAUGCGAUGCAUUUCUUCGUUAAGGAGGAUUCGAGCUCUGAAAAGCUUAUUCGUUGUCAGAACUUGAUGCAAAUCGCCAUGAAGAGGCUUGAGAAAGAGUUUCACCAGAUUUUGUCGGCUAAUCGGAACUUUCUCGAUACUGAGUCUGUUUCAAGCCGAUCGUCGCCAGCAUCGAGAAGGCCGAGUGGUUCUGAUGAUGAAGAUGGUGCCUCAGAUGCGACUCAGGUGGCUGGAAAUUCUCUCUCCGAAGAUGAACAUGUUUCGGAGAUUGUGAUGGCGAAUUUGAAAGCGAUUGCUGAUUGUAUGAUAUCUUCUGGUUAUGGAAAGGAGUGUGUGAAGAUUUACAAAAUUAUUCGCAAAUCGAUUGUUGAUGAGAGCUUGUACCAUCUCGGAGUUGAGAAAGUGAGCUUAUCAAAGAUUCAGAAGUUGGAUUGUGAUGUGGUUGAGCUCAAAAUUAAGAAAUGGUUGAACGCGGUGAAAAUCGCAGUGAAAACUCUCUUCUACGGAGAGAAAAUUCUCUGCGAUCAAGUCUUCAACUCCUAUGAGAAAAUCAGAGAGUCUUGUUUCGCUGAGAUUUCGAAAGAACAAGCUCUCACUCUGUUUGGAUUUCCGGAAAUUGUAGCAAAAUGCAAGAAAUCUCCCGAGAAAAUGUUCCGGAUUUUGGACCUUUACGAGUCUAUGUCGGAACUCUGGCCUGAAAUUGAAUCAAUCUUUUCAAUCGAAUCACUCUCUUCCGUACGAUCACAGGCGGUGAACUCACUCCUCCAGCUCGCCGAGGCCGUCCGUACAUUGUUGUCGGACUUCGAGACGGCGAUCCAGAAGGACUCAUCGAAAUCGGCUGUCCCCGGCGGCGGAAUCCAUCCGCUAAAUCGCUACGUCAUAAACUACGUCGUUUUCCUCUGCGAUUACAGUGGACCUCUCUCCGACAUAGUCGCCGACUGGCCGUUGCCCGUACAAUCACCCUUGCCGGAAUCUUACUUAUCGAGCCCCAUCUCCGACGGAGGUCCAACAUCGGAAAUUUCCGUCCGACUGGCGUGGCUUAUCCUUGUUCUUCUCUGUAAACUCGACGUCAAUGCCCAGCUCUACAAGGACGUGUCUCUAUCGUACCUAUUCCUAGCUAACAACCUAAACUACGUCGUUUCGAAGGUACGAACAUCGACUCUGGCACUGCUAUUGGGCACAGACUGGUUGGAGAAACACGAGAUGAAGGUGAAUCAAUACGCAGCGAACUAUGAGAGAAUGGGGUGGAGCAAGAUGAUGGCGUCACUACCCUCUCAUCCAACGGCUGAGAUUUCAUUCGACGCUGCAAAGGAGUGGAUCAAGAAAUUCAAUUCGGGUUUUGACGAAGAGUACCGGAAACAGCGUUCCUGGGUCAUACCCGACCUGAAAAUGCGCCAUGAGAUCAGGGUUUCGGUGGCAAACCAGAUUGUACCGGUGUAUCGGGUUUUUUACGAGAAACAUCGGGAAAUGUUUCGGAGGGAUAUGGGAGUUGAGUCGAAAAGCGGAAUUGCCCCUGAAAAUUUGGAGAAUUACGUCUGGGAUUUGUUUGAAGGUGCCCGAGUUUCGGGGAGUGCGACGUUGUAAUUCGUACACGUCAUCGUCGUCGUCUUCUUCUUAGAAUGAUGGAAGAGGUCAUUCAGACGUGACGUCAUGGGUCUUUGUUGGCCGGCCUUGACUUGGUUGUAUUUACUUGCAUGUCAUUGACACGUGACUAAAUAGGGAUAGGCUGUGCAUGAACUAUGAAGCAAAUGCGGUAAAAGAAAGAGCAAUGUUACGUGAAGUUAAAAAUUAGAUUUGAU